AUGUUCGGCUUUCUCAGGAAAGGGAAGCAGGAGACAGUGUCGCCUGCGGAUGUUAAAUUGGAGGCGUUCCAAGAACAUUGGCGGCAAAUCAAGCCUGUUCUUGAGAAUACUGGCCCCUGGAGUGUGGGAAAUCGAACUCGCGAGUCAAUCGAGAGUGGGGUCAUCUCUGUCCGCGCGAAUGUUAACUCGCUGACGCACUUGCUGGUGGAAGAGCUGCGCACGCAAAGCCAACUUGGGCCCCUGCUCGAAUUCACCUUCGAAGAGAAGAUUUUCAAGCGACUGUGUGUCUGGGCUAGACAGCCCGGAAUCCAGCAAGAGCAGCGUAUAAUCGACCAGCUUCGAAUGUACGAAAUGCUCAUUUCCGAAUCGGACCGCUGUAUUCUUCACGACAAGCCGCUACUCGAGCCGAUGUUUUCUCUUCUGGCGCAUUAUCAGACCGGUGCCGAGAACCUGGAACUCGAUCAGAUCGUUUCUCAGCUCAAUCAGAGCCUUUGUCUCUGGAUCGGCCGAGACCCGACGCUCCUGCCUGUCUUCUUUUGUUGUGGACAGGAAGACCAGGGCAAGACUGGCUUCUUGCUGUUUUCUAUGCUCGUCCAACACGUCUACCGAGAUGGGCCUGUUGGAGAUCGCGCAAGAGACUCAAUGCUACUUAUUUUCAGCUACAGUUCAAACUUCAACUCAAAUCAACCGCUUUUUAAUCAGAAAAAGUGA